CCGUCCAGUCGGGUAUAAAACGCACGACGCGCGCUCCGGAUCUGAGACAGGCUGAGGGCGCAGAGGAGGAACCAGCUGAGAGUGAAGGAGCAGCAGGAGCACACCAGGGAGGCUCUUCCUACAAAACACCUGACUGAAUCUGCUCCCCACACCCACACAUCCCACGGCCUGGUGGGACCAUGUGGGUUCUGGAUAAAAUCCGCGGCUCAGUGGAGACCAGUGUCCUGCGACAGGGGGAGAACGGAGACAGGAAAGGUGGCGUUACCCCAGCUUACAGCAACGUCCUCACACCUGAUAAAAUCCCUGACUUUUUCAUUCCCCCAAAGUUAGUCAGCUGCCCCCCAGAGCCUGAGGUCCCCAACGUGAAGCCUAAAGAGGGACUGCAGCCCUCCACGUCUGAGCAAACAAUCGGCAGCGGGAAGAAAAUCAGCAGCCCCCGAAGCCCCCGGCUGGUGGCCAAGAUUGCAGGAGACACUAAAAACUUGCUGAGGGCAGCAAACCGUCACAUUAUACAGAUAGAGAGCGCCGAUGAUGUUGUGGCAGGAGACACCAACGCAGACCCCCAGUCUCAGACGGCCAUGUCUCUGCCCUACGUUCCUAAGACCCAGACCUCCUAUGGCUUUGCUACUUUGAAGGAGAGCCCCCAUACUCGGCGUAAAGAGUCCCUGUUCCACUGUGAGCUCACCAGUCCCAUUACCUCCCCAAACACACAGAGGAAGACCCCGGGGAAAGGUGGCGAAGGGGGGAACCACCUGAAUCCUGCUGACUGCAACACCUCCCAUAUGAACCCCUAUCGGUAUUUCAGCGGUGGAGAAAGUGACACCUGCUCCUCGGCCGAAUCAUCCCCCUUCAGCUCCCCCCUGCUGUCCCGCUCCGCCUCCCUGCUCAAGAUCUUCACCCAUGAAACGCAGGCAAAGGUCGUCAAAGCCAAGCGGACAUUUGCUCGCCACAGCUCCUUAUCCACCGACGAGUGCAGCUCAGCGGAGCCGAGCCCAAACAUCCAACGACGACUUCACGUACCGUCAUUCCACGGCGGCGCUGGGGCAUCGGACCAAGGUCUCCAACGUGAGCACAGCAUCAACCUGCACAAGGGGGGCACGGUGAGGAUCAGCGCCAACUACGACGCCAGUACCUCCCGACUACUCAUCCGAGUCUUGGCAGCAGAGAAUUUGUACGACAAGCACUUUGACAUCAAGAGCAUCAACUGCUGCGUGUCCGUGUAUCUGAACCCGGGCAAACUACAGAAGCAACGUAGCAACAUUAUCAAGAACAGUCGUAACCCUGUCUUCAAGGAGGACUUUUUCUUUGACUCCAUUAGUUCAGUUCAGGUGAAGAACUUGUCAGUGAAGUUUAAGGUGGUCAACAAAGGGACCAGCCUCAAGAGGGAUACACUGUUGGGAGAACGAGAGGUGCCUCUGCCAAAGCUGCUCUCAGGGCUUUAAGCCCCAGGAUGAGAAUUUGGAUUAAAAAUGAAAUUAGACGUUUACACUGGAUUCUACACCACGUCAUUUUAAUCUAAUAAAUGACAACGCUCAACACUGAAGUAAAAAAAAAAAAAAGACUGAACUGAAAAAGAAUCAUAGCAAAAGGCUUUCUACCAACACUUAAAAAACAUACAAUUCUGAAAAUGACACUUCAUGAAUUCAUGGAAGGACGAGUGAUUUGUGGCUGAGACUGGCCUGGUGUCCUCUCCCAGUAACAAACACUCAUUAAACUAAGUGUGGCUCCACAUGAAAGAGAUGAAAGAGAUUCUUUUUUCCAAUUUUUCCCCCUCUGGACACAUCUCCCAGCCAUCAAUUUCCUCAGCCAGGUCUGGUUCAAAGGUUGUACAACACCUGUGCAUCAACCUGUCUCGCUGUCCUUUCCUGCUGCAUGGUUUUAUUAUAUUAAUUGAACAGAAAUCCACAGCAGCCCAAGAUGCGACUCUUCACUUUUACUGUGAUACACAAACAGACAAAGAUGCUUUUGUGACUCAGUGUUGUGCUUCGAAGUGGCACUACAUGCUGACGUACAAAUGAUUCUUUCAUACUAGUUGUCAUGGCCCUACAGUGGAGGACGAGGGACAAAUAGAGCAGAGACAAUAUUCACAUUUACAUGAAGCAAACCUAGAAUUAAUGUGAAGUGUAAUGUGUGUAAGUUUACUCUUAACAAGAUAAAGGAAAACUCAAGUGUUACGUCACAAAAUCUUUGAAACAGGAUCAAAUAUUUUCAUUUUUCUGGCAUAAUUUUUCCACUUUCGUAAAAAUAUGUUGGCCUUAAAAACUCAGUAACAGCAGCCAGACAGACAUUUCUUUGUAGGAUUCAGAUUUUAGGCAGCAAAUGACUGUGUCUGACUCCAGUGACUGCACGAAACCAAGCUCAUGUAUGCUGAAAUAGAAGAAGAAAGUGUUGGCAGUAUACAGCAUAUUUUUGUUUAGACAUAUCUAUGAAGGACCUGUGAGGUUAGUCCAAGUGAAUCCAGUGUGGGCACUUUGAUUGUAUUUUGUGUAUGUAGGCAGCAGGUACGUGCUCAGUUGGCCUUAGUGCAAGAAAGUGGUUGAUUAUCUUAUCAUUUUAUUUAAGUAUACAGCAGCAGAGAAGGUUACGGUUGAUCUUUGGUACUCUGAACCUUUUCUUUCUACUCUGCUUCACCAAGAAAAAUCCUCUUAUAGCAUUUGUUUCCAACAAUCUUCAAACUAUGUCCCUAAAAUUUCUAGUUAAGAUGCUACAGUGGAACAUGCUUUACUCCAACUCUAAUGUGAUAAUUGAUGAAUAUUUUUUAUCAUCAACAGAAAUAGACUUAUGAGUAACACCAUGAUCUGACUUUACUGUCUGAAUAAAUCUGAGCUGACAACAAGGUUAUCUACCGCCAGAGAAACUACUACGUAACCAAAAUAAAGUAUUUCACUCAUUUAAACCAUCAUCAGUUUAUGCAACCAUGUAAAUGGCUUAAUUAGGCUGUUGCCUUAGUCACAUUUGGGCAGUUGACAAAUAAUUGUGUGCAUGUAAUUGUGUUCGAUGUCUCAUAUGAAAUGAUUACAGCACUGCCGUCACAGUGCAGAAUACCAGAAGCAUGGCAUGACUGCUAUGUCAACAACACAGCGGUGUUUGCAUGACGUGCUUAAAAUUUAAUGAAACCCUAAAGCCUUACUCUGUAUGUGUAUGAAAGGACAACUGUGUGGGUUUUGAAUAUAGCAUGAACUAUUUGUCCAAAGUUGUUGAUUUUUUUAUGUAUAACAUGUUUUGUAAAAUGCUUUUGAAUGUUUUGAAAUGAAUCAAUACGUGUGCUCAGUUUAUAUAUUGUAUAGACCUCAAUAUGUACAAGUUUCUACAAGCUGUCCUUGAACUGCCACUUAGACGGUGUACAAGUGCAUUUUAAUCAUGUGUUUCGACGUUAAUAAUGAAGCCCAAAACUUAGAAGGAAAACUAAGAGGGAAGAACGACAGGGCUACAGUGUUAUGUGAUUUUUGACAUGAGCAUCGACACUGUCGAGCAGAUGCUAUUAUUCUUUUGAGGCAUUAGAAGAAAUUGCAUGUGAUUGCAGCCUCGAGUGCCAAGGAGAGUGACUACAAGGAAGGAGACAGGAGACAAAUAAAGAGACUUCACACAGAUGCAAAUUACUGAGGUUUCUUGUUGUGCACUGCCCCAGAGCUUUGAUUAAUCCUGGGAGGAUUACUCUCACCUAGCGUUUGUACUGUAGCUCACUUGUAGCAUUGCUAUUGAUAUUCUCUAUAUACUUUAUAUACAGUGACCCAGCUGGUUGGCUUUAUUAUGGCGUGAAUGUCAGUGAUCUGUUGUAACUGCUGUCGCAUACUCAGCUCUGUGUGCAAACAUACAGUUCCUGCUCAUAGGGUUCUAACUGUAUGUUUUAUUCAGACUUACUAAAUUGUAAUGAGCUCUGUUUUUGCCCGGUCUGUUUUCAUCUUGCAUGACCAAAACACAUUAAUAUUGUCCGUAAUAGAUUUACAGUGGAUUUAGUUUUUGUGUGCAGUGGUGUGCUCAGAUUCAAGAUGAGGUUUCACCAUAGAAAGAAGAAUAUAACUCAGAUAUGGGUGAUGUACUUGUCUGCCGGAACCCUAAUGUUGAAAAUGAUUUUGAAAGUGAUGUGACUGUUUUCAUGUUGCUAAUGAUUUAAUAGAAAUGAAGAACAGACCAAAAAAACAAAUAAAUACAUUAUCUGACCACCUCUGUACGGGCAUGUGUGUCCCAUCUUUAGCUGACUCUGCGGCCUUGUUGCAGGUGCAUAUUAUGCAAAUGGUGAAAAUACAUCUGAAUAGGAAACAGUGUUUACAGAAAGUUUACAGAAAUAUACUCCAUACUGCAUCGCGUUAAUACCAUGCACUCAUAUUUUAUCCCUUAUUUGUUUCUAUAUAAAAAUAUAUAAAAUCUGCAGGAAAAAAAGAUAAAUGCUGGGACUCACAUGGUUUAGAGAAGGGAAAAGAAACAUGCUUUGUAUGUGAGAAGUAUAGCAGCUUGUUGAUGCGUUGAACAGAGCAUUCGAUUGCAGGUAAAUAAUAUUCCUGCUUUUAUUUCCCUUUUGCUGUUAUUUUCCGCUGUAAAGCAUCCUGAUAUACAAUGUAAUGUAUAGACUCUAUGCUUACGAAUGACAGUCGUAAAGACAUUGUUCUCCACAGUUGAAUGUGACAGUUUCUGGGUUCCUAGUUUGUCCAGUUCUACUCACUUGCCAUGAGUCUCAUUUGUUUUAAGCUUAGAUUCACCUACUUGUUCCCUGUUAGUCAUUUAGCCUUUUAUUGGAUCCACAUAGUAAGCAGACUAUCCACUGUAGAUCUAACAUCAAAACUGGUGACAUAUUUCAGUCAGAGUAGGAACUACCACUUGUGAAGCUACAAGUUAGGAUAUUUUAAACACAGACCUUUAUUUGAUGAAUUACCAGAAUUAAAUUCCCGUUAUCCAUCUUGUUGUUGUGCUGAGAAUCAGUCCUUAUAUCCCUGUGCUCGAUAGCUGUUUAAUUAGCUUCAAGGCUCGGCCGAUAACUUGAAAAAUGAGCAGUGAGAGAAGCGACUGGUGUGUGUGUGUGUGUGUGAGAGAGAGAGAGAGAGAGAGAGAGGAGAGAGGGAGACGUGGUCAUCUCUACUGGAUUUCACUGACAUAUUUAAUUACACUGUUUUAUUACACUGUACAUAUGCUUAAGUCUUCCUGCGUCGACAGGUUCUCGCUGAAGAAUUGAAGCUCAAAGUGCCGGUCCAUUACUUGACACUGAAUUGUAUAUUUUCUCUCCAGACUUGUGUGAACUUUGUGCUGUUGCUGUUCUUGUUGUGCUCUGGCCUGUGCAGGUACAGUAGAUACUUUUCUAUGUUACAGCCACUCUGUUCUGUGGUUACUGUGUUGAUGGAUAUGAAACACUUAAAUUAAAGGAAAAGUUACACAACAUCA